AUGGCUCCUCUGGGGUUCUGUAAGACGACUGACAACGAGCAUUGGGAAAGACUCGAGGUCCUGCAAAAUGCUCUGAGCAGAAGCAUUGCAUUGCACGGUAAUGGCCAAACACCUGUCACAAUGACAGAGCAAUCUCUGUACAGCUUACUCACCGCGGGACAAGACGACUUUUUGGAAAUCACCGUCUGCAAGGUUACACCAACAUUUCCAAUAGCUGCACAGAUCCCAACGUCACCUCAUGUCCCGCACAUGUCGCCUUCGCGGCCCAACAGCAUGUUCAUGGGAUCCAUGGCACCAGAAAUGUCAGGCAUACGCGGAGAUAAAGGAUCUAUGGCAAGAUUCAGUCUUUCGGACAUGCACGAGAACAAAAGCCAGGGUGAAAGGCCGAGGUCACGGAUCACCUUGGACACUAGAAUCUUUCUCCCCGUGCCAGACACCGUCUGCGGAAAUUGUCAGCGCCCGGGGCACACCGUCCGCGACUGCGUCGGCCCCGUCGACGAGCGAGGCGAGAUCGAUGGAUGUCCCAAGUGCAACACGGCACGUGCCCACAUGUACGACGACUGCCCGGCCCGCGAUACCAGCGAGGACUUUGACUUGAUUUACCGCUACCGCCAGAGGAAGCCGCCCAUGAAAAGCUUUCUGGUCUGGCAGAGCUUCCUGUCGGAACAGUAUCAGCCAGCCACCUGGCCCAGCUUCAUCCCCUGGUCUGCCCGGUUCGCUCUCGAGCAGCAGGACCAGGCUUUCCGCGCACACCGCAAGCCCGAGUGGGUGUACUAUGACUAUGAUCGCAUUGGAUGGCCCGACGCCGAGGCCCAUUACCGCGAGAUCGACCCGGACUCGGAGUUUAUGGUACUUUAA